AUGAUGAGCAGUAAUUUACAAGAUCAUGAUAAUAGUCCUGCUGCCAAUAUAUCUGCUGCUGAUCAGCUAGAACUAACUUUGCAUACACUUUUAACACAGGAGAAUAUGUUACUAGAUGAGCAAGAUAAUAAUGAUACUAGCAUCGGUGAUAAUUCUAAUAUAAAUAAUAUCAAUGAACAAGUUGCUGUUAAAAAGACGAGAGGCAGGAAAAGGAAAUUACAUGUUAAUGCUACUACCACUAUUGGUAAUGAUAACAAUAAUAAUAACCUCGACAAGAAUAAUAAGACAAAACUCCUCAAAAAAGAUACAAGUAAAGAUUCUUUUGUUAAUGGAAAAACAAUUGAUUUUAUCAUGGAAGGCAUUGAUUUAGACAAAAUUAUAGGAGAGCUGCACCCGCACAAUGAUGAUGAUAAUAAUAAUAAUAAUAAUAAUAAUAAUAAUAAUAAUAAUAAUGUUAACACAGGGACUAAUAACAAUAAUAUUAAUCCUAGUGAUUCCCAUUUGGAUUUUAAUUUAGAUUCGGUAGAUUUUUUUUCAACAGUUAAGGAACAUUUUCAUCAAGACAUAGAUAAGAAUACUACUAAUAAUGAAGUCAUCGAAAUAGCGAAUAGUAAUAAUGGCAUAAUUGCAAACGUCAAUAAUGAAAAUGUUUAUCAGGCAUUAUCACCCCCAAAUUCUUCAACGAACUCACCACCCAUUAUUGAUUCAAAAAACUCAAGCAAUAAAAAAAGGCAACUGCUCACAAGAAUUGAUAAUAAAACAAAAAAGUCUGUUGCAAACCCGGUAAAUAAAAGAAAAAGCAUAGAUAUUGGUAAAAUAACGAAGCCAAGGAAACCUUAUACAAAACGAUCGAUAUCAAAAAAGAAUAAAAACGAUACAGAUUCGCUAUCAUCAAAUAAUAUUAAUAUCACAGUUGACAAAGGCGUAAAUACUGAUCCAUUUGUUGGAAUUAGUCCAGAGGAAUUAUCCAAUAAGGCUACUCUAGAACAGGUUUCUACAUUGAAACAAAGGAUGGUAGAAACACAUUCUUUGUUGUUGAAUUAUAAUUUAUUGAAAAAUAAUUAUAUACAGUCGUGUAUACAGUUAAAAAAAUCCAUUUUAAAAUUGCAAAAAAGUGAAAUUAAUAGAGCAUUUUUGGCUAGUGAAAAUAAGGAUUUGAAGUUAGAAAUAAAACUACUAAAGGAACAAUUAAAUGAGAAAAAAGAACAACAACCCGUUAUUAAUGGUACUAGCGAAAUAUAA